UCCAUAGUUAUCUUCAAACAAUCAGUCUAUGAUAAUCGACUUUAAAUUUUUAUACUUCAUAUAAUGGUCUUAUCCCAUUCGAUAUUGGUUCGUGAUUUAAAAAAAUAAAUCUUUGGUUGGGUUUGAUAUUAUCGGGAACAGUUUUCCUCCAACGGGCUUCUCUAAAAUUUGAAAGGUCGGCCCACAAAUAAUGCGAUCUAUGAACCGGUGGCCCAAAUUUAUUUUUGGGAUUUACAUUAUUUUACGGUUUGAAUCCGUGGGCUUCCCUCUCACUGGCUCGAGUCUUCUUCUUCCACUCCCAUCCUAAAUUCACAAUGCUUUCAAAUUGAGGACCGCUAACCUGUUUGUGGAAAUGCGUCAAAGAACUUCCAUUGAUAAAGAGCACCAAACUGUGCUUCUCAGAAAGUCUCCCCGCUUGCACCCCAAGAUUCAACAAAACUCAGAAGACCCAAAGACUCCUGAUAUCGAACCGAGGGCAAAUCGAGCCACAAACCCCCAAUUUUCUCCCCUCAGCUCGCAUCGCCCAAAGCCUUCGAACAAGCAGCAGAAAGAAGUUUCAAGAAAGGCAAAGGAAAAGUGUGCAGGCUCGAAUUCGAGUACUGGUCUCCGAAAAUCUUCAAGAUUGACGUGCGGAACAGAAGUUUCAAAGACUAAUGCCUCGAUAAUUUCUUCCAAUUCGAGCCUAGGGUCUCGAAGGGUCACCAGGAGUUCCUGUCAAUCCCAACCUGCUAAAUCCUCCUUAGAAGUGGCAACUGAGGGAGGAGAUAAUCGGGGGGGAAAUGUCGAUUUGGAAGAAAAAAAGAGAGGGGUGAAGAGGAAGAAAUCACAUGGAAAAGAUGGGCAUGUUAUUGCUAAAGGGUGGACCAAGGAGCAAGAACUGGCAUUGGAAAGAGCCUAUUUUGCUGCUAAGGCAACUCCUCAUUUCUGGAAGAAAGUGGCAAAGAUGGUGCCUGGGAAGUCAUCCCAAGAAUGCUUUGACAGGAUACAUUUAGAUCACGCGACACCACCUCAACCCCGACCACGUGUAAGGACAAAAAAGACCGUAUCGUCACUUAUGUCUCCUCCCAGUGCAAGCAAAUUGCUUCAACCUGCAGAUGCAAAACCAAAGAGACAUGUUUCACAAAAAGCAGUGAGAGAGAUAUUGAAUAAGCAGUACAUGGUAAAGAGAGAUAGUAAAGGAAUAGAUCUCUUUAGCUUACUUGAGGAGUCAACAACAACAACAACAACAACACAGGAUCUUCCAAAUGGUGGUGCUAACUUGGUGACCCCUGAGCUGAAGUUAGGGCAUCUCAGUAACUUUUCUCAGCAAAGCAACUUGAAGGGGGCCAAUCUCUUUAGUCCUCCGGUUCUAAAGCCGAUUAAGAACAAAGCUUUGCACGACAGAUACAUUGAUCAGCUGCAUUGCAGGGAUGCUAAGAGAAAGGCAGCUUAUUUAAGGACAUUAAAGCUGAACCAAACCAAGAAAGAAGAACAUCAAAGGGUGAACAAAACAGCAGCAGUCCAAGCUGCUAAGAAUGCUCUCAUCUUUGACGCAAGGGAUGCCAUCAAACAAUUCCAGAAUUCACAAACGAAUCCGUUCCAAAACAUCUUCUGUGGCAGGGAAGAAGAAGAAGAAGAAGAUAUUGGUGAUGAUUGUGGCUGCAAUGGUGACGACGACUGAAUUCCAAAGGGUAUGAUGUCUUUCUUUUGAACGAUUCUUGUGUUGCUAAUUGUUCUUUAACUGUCUAACUGAGAUAGAAUUCUGAAAAACAUGUAUUACUCUCUAUGUCAAACCACUUUUUUUUUUUAAAUUCCAUUUUUUUGUUUUUGUGAAUUCCACCUUUUGCUCAGUAGAGCCAUCCAGAUAGUAAAGAAUGAUUUUUCAG